CCUUUCCCCCACCAUCUCCAGCGUCGACAGAAUCUCAACGAUCCCUGAGAUCUCCUCCCAAUCUCCAAAGCUCUCAUCACCUAACUCACCGCGCCAGCUAUGGCCGGGCGCGGCCGAGGCAGAGGCCGCGGAGGCGGUGGUGGUGGAGGCGGUGGAGGCGGCGCGCGCGGGAGGGGCGGCGUGUCGUUAGUCGGCAGAGGCGGCAGCCCCGCGAUAUCUGCUACGAGCAGUACCGGCACGGCUGUCACCCCUGCUGGUCACAUUCAGACCGUGGGCGUCCGCCGAAAAGCACCUGGCACCGCCGGUGUUGCCGUCAAGGUAUACACGAAUCACUUCCCCGUCGAUAUUCCCAGCGAAAUUAUAUAUCACUACGAUGCAGUCUUGACGCCAUCGGAGCAAACGCUCCCCAUAUCCAGGAAUAUGGAAAUUAUCCGCCGACUGCAGGAAGACACCGCACCAGAGAUUUUUACGCCACGCUGCGCUUACGACGGGCGCAAAAACUUGUUCAGCGUUCGCGAGCUACCCUUCACUGAAGGCAGCGCGCAGUUUGACGUCCAGAUGGGGGCUCCACCGUCGCCUGGGACUCCUGCUCGUCGAGAGCAAAGGCCCUUUAAGGUCAAGCUCACGAAAGUGGCGCAGAUCAAUCCUGAAGUGCUGAGGCGUUUUCUUCAAGGUCAACAAUCGCACGACAACGAGGUGCUGACGGCUAUCACGGCUUUGAACGUCGUGAUACGCAUGGAGCCGACAUCGAAGUAUCCAUUCAACGUUCGAUCUUUCUUCACGGACCGGGAGAAAAAGGACAUUGGCGGAGGUAUUGUUCUCUGGCGGGGUUAUUUCCAGUCAGUCCGCCCUGCGCCAGGUCGCAUGCUCAUCAAUAUCGACAUCUCGACUGGCAUGAUGUACAAGCCCGGUUCGCUCAUUGAGCUCUGUCUCGAGAUCAUUGGAAGAGUAGGUGGCAAUCCGAACUCGCUAGCGCCUAGCAAAGGUCUCCACGAGCGAACACAUCACCAGCUCAACCGGCAAGCCAGCGGCGUUAAGGUGAUCACAACCACCGGUAGUGGGCGUGCCGGCACGACUCCCCGAACUGUGAAAAGACUGACGCGACAUGGCGCGAGAGGGGAGGAGUUUGAUCUUCGACUCGAGAAUGGCGGCACUCGCAGGAUAACCGUUGCCGACUAUUUCCAGCAGACAUGCAACAGACCGUUGCAAUACCCUGACAUACUAUGUGCCGAGGUUGGGAAUGGAGCCAAGAUCCCUCUCGAGCUUUGUAUGGUGCCGCCGGGGCAGAUCAUGCGCAAGCAAGUCCCACCGGAGAAGACCAAAGAUGUUCUAAAUUUUGCAACGAAAAAGCCGCAAGAGCGCCUCGCGAGCAUUCGAAAUGGCCUCGGAGUUCUUGCAUAUGGUCAAUCCGAGUAUGUGCGGCAAUUCGGGCUUCAUGUACAUGAGACGCAGGGUGCUCUGUCGGUCGACGCGCGUAUUCUGAGGCCGCCAACUCUUCAGUAUGGCACCGGCUCGAGGCAGAAGAAUGUCAUUCCGAGGGAUGGCAAAUGGAAUAUGGUCGACAAAAAGUUCUUCAAGCCUGGCAGCAUUGAGCGGUGGGUCAUCGUCGUGUACGAGCGCAUUCAGCGUUUCGGGGAGAACCACGCGCGUGACAUGGUAAAUGGCCUACUUCAAGCCUGUAACGCUGUCGGCAUCACCGUCGCCGAGCGAGACCCUAUCAUCCGGUGGGAGAACGCCCAAGGCAAUGUCAAUACACAACUUCUCGACGUCGGAAAGGCAUGCAUCAGUAAGAACGGCAAGCCUCCUACGAUUAUCGUUGUCAUUUUGCCCGAGGGCGCUACCGACUUGUAUACCGCCGUGAAGCACUUCGGCGAUGUUGCACGCGGUGUCGCUACGCAGUGCAUGAAGAGCGGCAAAUGCUGGAAUGCGAAGCAGCAGUAUUUCGCCAAUGUCUGCUUGAAAAUCAAUGUCAAACUCGGAGGCAUUAACACGAUCCCAGAGCCGAGCUCUGUGUCCAUUCUGACCGAUCCGCACAAUCCGACGAUUGUGAUGGGUGCGGACGUCAUUCAUCCCGCUGCGCACUCUGAAGGCCGUCCGUCCUUCACGGCGCUGGUCGCCAACGUCGACUCAGACACCGCUAAAUACGUCGCUGACUGCCGUGUACAAGCAUCUCGUCAAGAGAUGAUCGAGGACCUUGAAGAAAUGACGAAGAAAAUGCUCGAGAAAUAUCGAGGCUAUCGCAAGCAAGUCGAGAAGAAGGCAAAUGCUGACCCGAAGAGAAUGAUCUUCUUCCGAGAUGGCGUAUCCGAGGGCCAGUUCAAGCAGGUUCUCGAGAUCGGUAAGCUUACUGAGUUUGUGCGAACGCUGUGAUAUGUUUACAACAUUUCCCACAGAGCUCCCGCGUAUCAAGAAGGCAUGCGAAAGCCUUGGGAUCCGUCCCGCAAUCACCGUCAUUGUUGUCGGGAAGCGCCACCACGUCCGCUUUUUCCCUGCCGAUGGGGCGGGAGACCAGAGCGGGAAUUGCCCAGCUGGCACGGUGAUCGACCGCGAUAUCGUGCACCCCGUCGAGCUUGAUUUCUACCUGCAGUCCCACGGCGGAUUAUUGGGCACAUCGCGCCCCGCACACUACAACGUCCUCUAUGACGACAGCAAUUUCUCGCCCGACGCGCUGCAGGCUCUCUGCUUCGCCUUAUGCCACGUCUAUGCUCGUAGCACCCGAUCCGUUUCCAUUCCCGCUCCUGUAUACUAUGCCGACAUCGUCUGCAGCCGCGCGAAGAAUCAUUACGACCCCUCAAGGAACAUCGGUGACCUCUCUGAAACAAAUUCGGCCACCGGGACAGAUGCCGAAGCCCAGCUGAAGGUUUUCAAGGAUAACUUUAAGCAACUGCAUCCUCAGAUGGGGUACAACAUGUAUUUCUCUUGAUAGCUACAGUGUAGCUACGCAUCAGCAACACACAUCGUCCCCGGUCUUCUAGUUCUCACUGCAUAUGUCUGACUCGCGAAAUUCCUUUUGUGUAGUAAUUGAUCAUGUCCUGUGUAUAGUGGCUUUACUUAGUUAUAUGAAAAUGUAUGUCCCUCAACCAUGUGCGGCUUCCUGGAUUGUCGCUCCAAUAUGAAU